AUGACUUCGUCAAACGUUAAUGUCUUGCUCUCGUCCUUUCCUGGACUGUCACUCCCGUCGACCCUGUCCUUUGCUUUGCCCUCCACGUCGACCCUCUCCGACCUGACUGAGAGAAUCGCCUCAUACCUUCCACCAUCGAUUUCGCUUCAUUCUUUGACUCUCACCACGACCAACAAUAAACAACUUGCCUCUUCGUCAGAUCUGCUACAGACCCUCUUCUCUUCGCGAAAUGGCGACUCUAUCGCAUCUUCAAUUCUCCCGCUCCGCCUCACCGUUCCUGUGCGCGGUGGAAAAGGUGGUUUCGGAUCCCAGCUCCGUGCUGCCGGUGGUCGCAUGUCCAGCAAGCGCCAGCGCAACCAGGGUGACAACAAUAAUUCGAGCCGCAACUUGGAUGGCCGCCGUCUGCGCACCGUCAACGAGGCGAAGGCACUCGCCGAAUACCUGGCCGUCAAGCCGGAAAUGGAUAAGAAGGAGAAGGAAGAGCGCCGGCGCCGGUGGCAGGCGGUCGUGGAUAUGGCGGAGAAGCGACAAGACGAGCUGAAAAAUGGUGGUGGAAAGCACAAGAUUGACGGGCAAUGGAUCGACGACAAGGAGGAAAUGAAUGAGAAGGCCCGGGAGGCUGUGCUGCUAGCGAUGAAGGAUGGUGCAUGGACCGACAGCCUCCGCGACGCGGUCCUGGGCGGAUCCAGCACCAGUGCCAGCGAAGGCAGUGAGCAAGGUACCUCGUCUAGUUCGGACGAAGAAGAGGGCGAAGAGAACGGCGCAGGACCUUCUGCGCCCGCUCCAAAAUCGGCUGCUCCUCGGAAGUUCAUUGGGUUUGAUGAUGACGAUGAGUUUAUGAGCGACUCGGAGGAUGAGGAGCCGGCGGACAAAGCGCAAGACAAGGGCAAGGGCAAGGCUCGUGCCUAA